GUUGUUGUGACCGACAAACAAUCAAUUGUUCAUUUAUUUAUAUUUGUACUCCGAAAUAAACAGAAGAUUGUUUCAUUUCACUUUGGCGAUGGCGAGUUUGGAUGACAAGUGGAAAGCUGUGGACAACUUUGAGUCUGUUGUGGUAGUAGAUCGUGAAAGAGAUGUUGUUCGAGUGACAAAAGAACUGUAUGAUCUUCAUAGCAACAGAGAACAACUCAGGGGUGUAACAAGUAGUUGCAACUAUCGCUUGACGAUACCAUUCGCUCCGCACAUGUUCGGUUCUGGCAAGACGACCUUUGCCCGAACCUAUUUGGAGUUGGUGCAAAGGUUUGGUGAAACUUCCCUGUCGACGUUUGCUUCGGACCCUUCGAGGAGAACCUUUUUGGAGAAGCUGAAAAGGGCUUCAUUGCUCUUUGUGGAUUUGAGGAAGUUGGAGCCCACAGAACCGAAAGAACGAAACCUGAAGUGGGCAGUCUACUAUUUGUUAAUAAAGGCUGCCUGCUCUCAAGUUGGCGCGGAAAUUUUGCGAAAGAAAGAAGCCUUCGAAAUGGUGGACAUGGAACCCUCCAACCUAGUUCCACUCUUACGAGAUAUACUAAGGAUUCCUUCCGAUCAAUAUCUUUUGUUGGCAUUUGAUGAAGUUGGUGUUUUGGAUACGAAUGGAAUUCUUUUUGAACUGGAGAAGAAUGACAAAGGUGUGGUUCGACCUUACAAUGACUUUUUCGGUAUCAUUAGUCAAUUGUGCAAAGAACCCGACUUGUUUUUUAUAGUUGUUGGGAAAAGCAAGGGUUUAAGUAUUAAGAAUGAUGUGGCUUUUGGGCUAUCAAGAGUUAUACUACAUUUUAUCCCUUUAUCACCUUUGGACGCUUCCAGUAUCGUUGAAUUCCUUGAAAAGACUCUUCUAAAGACACCUACUCAAGAACCAGUUUGUAAUGUCUUAUGUAGUUCUUCAUUUUCAGUAAAUGAAUUGGCAGAUUCGUUAUUGGAAUGUACAGGUGGAGUUCCUGGUUUGUUGACUCGUGCAGUAAAUAUGCUUCUGAAUUAUAUAAAAACAAGAAACCAGCCUUUCAUAUCGAAAGAAGAAUGUUUGACUUGUAUGAAUGACUACAAUUUCCGAAGAAUUUGUGCUGAACCAUUUGUGGAACGAAUAUUGAAUUUGGACGAAGAUAGAAAAAGUGUUUUUGAUAUACUAUUGAUGAUGGCACUUUAUCGUAUACCGUCUAAAGUAGAUGACAGAUUGACAUCGGAGUCCUAUCUAUAUGAUGCAGUCACUGAAAUGGGAUUAUAUCGAUAUCCUAUUGACCAGAAUACUUUCCAAAUCCUAAUUCCGAAAGUAUUUGUUGUAAUCUUCAAGAACGACCCUUCCAUAUCUUCUUUGGAAAAGAUACUUCUUGGAUCACUUGAUGUAGAACCAGUAGAUUGUUUCUUCUAUUCAAAGUGUCGUGUAUUUGAAGGAAUUGUUGCUUUACGACUAGUUUUGAUGUUGUCUUCAAAGAAUCGAAAUGAGUUGAGGGAAUUGUUGGGUCAAUUGUCUCCAAUAUGGAAACAAAUGAAACUUCCAAUCAGUACAACAUCACCUAUUCACUAUAUCAAGUCUGUUGUUAGUUCUACAGAAACAAGAAGUGAAUCGAACAAGAGUCGAAGAACUUUUGCCAAUACUGAAUGGAAUAAAAUUAUUCGAGAGACACUUUAUUUAGAGACUAUUUACAUUCCUUUGGACGCUACUUCUCAUAGUCCUGAUAUUAUAUUCAAAUUACAAUCUCCUGUGGAACCCAAAGUUCUUACUGUUGGAGUUGCAUGUAAAGGACGUUGGAGGUCGGAAGGAAUUGGCUGGUCAGAUAUUAUAGAUGAAGCCAAGAAAUUUUUAGAUCCUGUUUAUGAUCAAGUCUUAUCCAGUGCAAUGGAUUAUCAUCAUUGUAUGCUUAUUAUCGUUAGUACAAAGUUAUCAUUGAAUGUUUCUAAUGAGUUGGGUAAUCAGAGUCGUUGUUACUCCAGUGGAAUGUUUAUUAGAAAUGAUUCGUUCAAAGUACCUGAUAACUGUGAACUUGUUAUUCUUUGUGAAAGAGAUGUCCAAAUGCUGAUUGACGAAGAAAUAUUGAAUGGACUUGAAAGAGCAUUUCAUGUUCCUCAUAAUCCUACUUUUUGGAACUUGGGACUAAAACUACUUCAUAAAAUCCGUAACAGUUUCUUAAGUUGGCAAUAGAUUCUAACUCAAUCCUUCCCUUUGUUUUGAAGAGCAAAUAAACUUUUUUUUGUAUGU